AUGAAUUCAAAUAUGCCCCACGGUCGGUCAACCUCUCAAAAAGGUCCAAAAAUCGAUUUUAUCAAGAAAAACAGAGAAAACAUCGCAAAGUCCAAGCAACGCUCUCGAAGUUCCCAGGCACUUUUAAAGUCAAAUUUUAAAUCUCCAUCAAAAAAUCCCAACAAUGACAACCCAAAGACCUUAUCCAAAAAGAGCCCAAAAACAGAUAUAAGGUCUAGUUCAGGCUCAGUCAAGCAGCAUUUGCAGGUAUCAAGUGCAAACAAAGAAAAUAUUUCAAAAUUCGAACUGAAUAAAGAGGAUUCAAUUAGAAGAACCAGCCACAAAGAUUUCCCAAAGGUGUUUACUCCUGAAAAUGUUAUAGCUGAAGAAGCGGUAUCUGAAGAAGUAAGCAAGUCUGAAGCAAAGCUAGACCCUAUAGUCACUAUUUCUGAGUCUAUGCAAAUUGAGAAGGAUGCCGCUUUAAAUGAAAUUUCAGAAAAAAAUAGCCAGAGGCCAUCAGUUCAUCCUGACCAAAUCGCAUAUACAGCUUCUGAAGAUAUGAUGAUAAUUGAGAGCCCAAACGAAGUCCAUACAAUUAUUUUUGAUUACAGCACCAUAAGCAAAUUCAAACAACCAAUUGAAAAUUUAAAUGAAGAAAUACCAGAAGAACAAGAAAGGGCCAGCAGUUUUGGGGUAAAAGAAAAAGAAAAUUUAGAAGAAAAAUACAGUGAUAGAGGAAAGUCGUUGCUGGUAAUUGAAGUAGACGAAAACAUGGAUAUAAAGCAACUCCAGCCAAAUGUGGUUUAUACGUAUUCUUUUGAAGUGGCUUAUAAGCCUGUUUUAGAAAUAGAAAACCAAAGUGAAAAUGAAGAAAAAAGAGUGUCAAUUACUAUUAGUCCUCGAAGGGAAAGCUUAAAAGAAUGGUCAGAAGCAAGAAGUUAUUUGAAUUUAUUGACAACAAGUGUUAAAAAAAGGAGUAUUGGAAAUGAGGAGCUUAAAAGAGUCAGCAGCUCUAGUUCGUUUAUGCACAAGAUAGAAGAACUUGAGCAAGAUGAAAGACCGGAGCAUGAAAAUGUUAUUGAAAACCAGAGAGAAGACAUAGAAAAUAAUGUAAUAAUGUCAGAGGAGAUAUCAAAAAGUCCAGAAAAGCCUGCUUCUUUACAAAUAGCUAUCAGCGAAAUAUCGGUGAAUGCUCCAUUAGUAAAGCCAAUUGUUGUCCCCGAAGUUUCCAUCAUAUUUAAUCCAAGCCCAAGUCCUAAGCAGUCCUCUAAUAUCCAAGUUUCCCCUAACUCCCCCCCCAUCCUUGAUCGAACGAUUGACUGUAAAAAUUCCUAAAAAUUGGGAAAAUUAGCCCCCAUCCUUGUCGAACGAUUUUCAUAUCAUGUAAAUUUUUAUAUAUAUAAAAUAUAUUAGUUAUCAGAAGCUUGGGAAGAUAUACAUAAUGAAGUUGUUUUCAGAGAUUUUGAGACGACAAAAAGCUACGGAAUCAACCAUUCAAAGUGAUUUAAUCAUCAUCCUAGGCUUAAAAACUCAAUAAUCUAAAAUAUAGAGAUUCUUUAAAAUUUAAAAAAAAAAAAAUUUAAUUCAAUAAGGAUCAAAUUAAAAAUUUAUAAAGUUUAAAGGGGUGAUUAAUAAAUCAAAAUAUUAAAAAUUGGUAUUUUUAUGAAAUUAAUUCAAAUUUUUGCUGUACAAAUAAUUAUUAAAUACUCUUAACCCUCUUAUUUAAAAGUAAAUAAAAAAAAUAUAUAUAUAUAUUUUUUAUUUUAUAUAUAAAUUUUUUUUUUCCCAAAAAAUUUUUUUUUAACCCCCAUCCUUGAUCGAACGAUGGCGAGCCGUUCGAUCAAGGAUGGGGGGGAGUAAAGCACAAUUGCCAACCAAAUCAAAACUUUAUCUUGAAGAAUCUAAAGCAGAAAAAUCCCCCUACUCAACAGUCUCCGAAAAGCAAAAUUCAUAUAACAGCCCGAUAGAUGAAAGAAGCAGUAUAAGUGAGUCUCUGCCUAGCUCAAGCUUAAAAGACGUUCCAAAUAUUCGAAGAAGCAGCCGACUCGCCAUGAAAAAAAUAGAAAAAGAAAAAGCCCAGAAAAAAGAAAAGAAACUUAAAAGAAAAAGAAACAAAAUCACGAAAAAACACAAAUCAGCUGACCAAAGUGCUUGUGAAAUAGCAGAGCCCGAACAUCAUGAAACCCACAGAUCAAAGCGAUAUAAACGAUGCUAG